CCAACUUUUUACGAGCCAUUGCUGAGCCUCCAUAGUUCCGCUGGGCACAUAAAACGCAGCACACAAGUGCCGUCGUCGACCACGCAGUCGACGCGCAGCGAAAACUGCAUCACGUGAGCCCUGGGAGCCGCACAGCUGCAUAGCCCCACAGCUAAGCAGCAGCAAAACGCCGUCGACGCAACACGUGAGUGCUUAACGCCAUCGACGCAACACGUGACGCGCUAUGGACGUCGCCCGCGUCCGCCGCUUCGCGAGCGCGCUCCAGAACAAAGCAAGUGUGGACCCGGCCCACUACGCGACCAAUAAAACAAUCAGUGUCUGGUGCGGUACGUAUAAUGUGAACGGAAAAAAAGAGCAGCCUUUGACCCUAAGCCACUGGUUACGACAGGGCUGGGAUGAUAAUCAUGGAGACUGGACGGGGACGGCGCCGGCGUUGUAUUGCAUUUCGUUGCAAGAAAUGAUCGACCUGAGCGCGGGAAAUGUGUUGAGGGACGCAGUACUAGAUAACACUGGUGGAGACGCUUUACAGAAGUGGCGCGUCGACUUCGAAACGGCGUUCAAGUACGUGCAAAGCGCGAGGAGGCUUUGUUUUGGUCCUACGAACGAGUUCCCGCAGUUGGUAGCUCUCGAGCACAUGGUCGGCGUCGGUGUAUUAGUCUUCGCGAGACCAGAUUUAUUAAAAGCGCACCAGAUCCGGACGGCUCGGAUUCCUACCGGAUUUGGGGGUGGUAAUCUUGGGAACAAAGGUGCGGUGGCCGUGUCGCUGCAGUUAGAAUCAACGUCGUUAUGUGUCGUCGGUGCGCAUCUGGCGGCGCACCGAGGUGAUGUUGGUGGGAGAAAUGCGAACUACCAUUCUAUAGUCGAGCGGGACUGUUUCAGAAGGGGCCUUGGCUGGUCCCAGAAGGAGGAGGGGAGCCGGUCCGUGCCGUCGUACGAGAAGAACGCGUGUCGAGAUGGGUUUGGUGUUUUAGACCAUGAUGUGGUGCUGUGGCUCGGGGACUUGAACUACCGCUUCCAGGCCGACGUGCCCGACGAGCGCGUCAUCGAGCUCGUGAGGAGGAAGGACUACGCCUCAUUAACAAGGUUAGAUCAAUUAUGCGAUGCUAUGAACAACAACAAGGCCUUCUCGACGCACGACUUCCGGGAGCAUUCAUUAAACUUCGCCCCUACUUACAAAUACGCGACCAAUUCGGACAAGUACGACUUCGAAUUGCCCCAAGAAGAGCAAGCAAACAGGAAAAUAAGGUGCCCCGCCUGGUGCGACCGCGUGCUGUGGCGGGUGGCUCCCACCACACCCCGUUCCGUGGGUGAAGUGACGGAGAGCGUCAUCACAAAGGUUUAUGAGCGGGGCGACGCUCGCUUGCGCGCGUCGGACCACCGGCCCGUGCAUUGUGCGCUGUCUUUGUCGAUACGAUGCGUCAAGGAUAGGGGUGAUGCGCAUGCUUCUUCCGUGAAAGUGCCCUCUGCGGUACGAGGGUUAUGUUUGGAACCUACUCACGCCUCGCUAUCACUUACGGUGAGAGAGGUCCAAUUGGUGUUGAAAAACGAGUCCGAUGCGCAGUCCAAUUGGGCCUUUUCCUCGUUACCGGCGUGGGUCGAGGCGGCGCCGGCGUCUGGUUCAUUAGAACCGGGCGCGACGGUGUCCAUCGUCAUCCGCGCGCUCGAGAAGCCCGAGCUUGGGGUCAAUAGAGCCUGCGUCGCGGCGCUGAAUUCUUUAUUGGUUCCCGUCACGCUGCGCGCGGGGCCGGGGCGCGAUUUGGGGGCGUUUGUGGCCGAGGUUGGGAGGCGGUGGCCGGCGUUGGUGGAGCAACCGUCGUAAGUUUUGAAGUCUAGCUCCUUGUGUGUCGAAG